AAAUGAAGGGGAUACGCAGGGCAGAGUUCUGAAUCUCAAAACACUCUACUCUAGCAAUGGAAUGAAAUUACUGGAGUGAUGACAGGAACAUGGGAGAACAAUGCUCUAUUUGGGCUGGAUGUUUCUUUGGCUUGUCUCAGGAGAGAGAAUUAAAGGAUUUAAUAUUUCAGGUUGUUCCACAAAAAAACUCCUUUGGACAUAUUCUACAAGAAGUGAAGAGGAAUUUAUCUUAUUUUGUGAUUUACCAGAGCCACAGAAAUCACAUUUCUGCCACAGAAGUCGACUCCCACCAACACAAGUCCCUGACCACCUGCCCUUCACGGAUAGUAAGGACCUACCUGAUGUCCAAUGGUACCGACAACCUUCGAAUGGAGACCCAUUAGAGGACAUUAGGAAAAGCUAUCCUCACAUCAUUCAGGACAAAUGCACCCUUCGUUUUUUGACCCCAGGGGUGAAUAAUACUGGGUCAUAUAUUUGUAGACCCAAGAUGAUUAAGAGCCCCUACGAUAUAGCCUGUUGUGUCAAGAUGAUUUUAGAAGUUAAGCCCCAGUCAAAUGCAUCCUGUGAGAAUUCUGCAUCACAUAAGCAGGACCUACUUCUCGGGAGCACCGGCUCUAUUUCUUGCCCCAGUCUCAGCUGCCAAAGUGAUGCACAAAGUCCAGAGGUAACCUGGUACAAGAAUGGAAAACUCCUCUCUACGACAAGGAGCAACCGAAUCGCAGUGGAUGAAGUUUACGUCUAUCACCAGGGCACAUACGUAUGUGAUUACACUCAGUCGGAUACAGCAAGUUCGUGGACGGUCAGAGCUGUUGUUCAAGUGAGAACCAUUGUGGGAGACACUAAACUCAAACCAGAUAUUCUGGAUCCUGUCGAGAGCACACUGGAAGUAGAACUUGGAAAGCCUUUAACUAUUAGCUGCAAAGCACGAUUUGGCUUUGAAAGGGUCUUUAACCCUGUCAUGAAAUGGUACAUCAAAGAUGCUGACCUAGAGUGGGAAGUCUCAGUACCCGAGGCAAAAAGUAUUAAAUCCACUUUAAAGGAUGAAAUCAUUGAGCGUAAUAUCAUCUUGGAAAAAGUCACUCAGCGUGAUCUUCGCAGGAAGUUUGUUUGCUUUGUCCAGAACUCCAUUGGAAACACAACCCAGUCUGUCCAACUGAAGGAAAAGAGAGGAGUGGUGCUCCUGUACAUCCUGCUUGGCACCAUCGGGACGCUGGUGGCCGUGCUGGUGGCGAGUGCCCUCCUCUACAGGCACUGGAUUGAAAUAGUGCUGCUGUACCGGACCUACCAGAGCAAGGACGAGACGCUGGGGGAUAAAAAGGAUUUCGAUGCUUUCGUAUCCUAUGCAAAAUGGAGCUCUUUUCCAAGUGAGGCCACUUCAUCUCUGACUGAAGAACACUUGGCCCUGAGCCUAUUUCCUGAUGUUUUAGAAAACAAAUAUGGAUAUACCUUGUGUUUGCUUGAAAGAGAUGUGGCUCCAGGAGGAGUGUAUGCAGAAGACAUUGUGAGCAUUAUUAAGAGAAGCAGAAGAGGAAUAUUUAUCUUGAGCCCCAACUACGUCAACGGACCCAGUAUCUUUGAACUGCAAGCAGCAGUGAAUCUUGCCUUGGAUGAUCAAACACUGAAACUCAUUUUAAUUAAGUUCUGUUACUUCCAAGAGCCAGAGUCUCUACCUCACCUUGUGAAAAAAGCUCUCAGGGUUUUGCCCACAGUUACUUGGAGAGGCUUAAAAUCAGUUCCUCCCAAUUCUAGAUUCUGGACCAAAAUGCGCUAUCACAUGCCUGUGAAAAACUCUCAGGGAUUCACGUGGAGCCAGCUCAGAAUUACCUCUAGGAUUUUUCAGUGGAAAGGACUCAGUACAACAGAAACCACUGGGAGGAGCUCCCAGCCUAAGGAAUGAUGAAAUGAGCGCUGGCGCCCCCUCCCGGCCAGUCCCUGGGAUAGAGAUUUUGCUGGACAGAACUCACAUCUCUGUGUGUGAAUGUUCACGCUGAUAGGAAAUUCAGAGUCUGCUGCCAGCAGCGAGCAAGCUUGAUGGACAGUGGAAAGGUUCUGAGACUGUGGUUUAGAGCCUUUGAUCUCCUGGACUGGACAGAGGGCGAGUGAAUUCGCUAGACCUUGGGUACUUUCGAUACACAACACCCCUAAGAUUUCCCAGUGGUCCGAGCAGAAUCAGAAAAUACAGCUACUUCUGCCUUAUGGCUAGGGACUUUCAUGUCUGCUAUGUAUUGUACAUAUGACUUUAUGUAUACUUGCAAUCAAAUAAAUAUUAUUUUAUUAAA